CUUUGUAGUAGAGAUGAAAUCGUUCGUUUUAUUUGUACUUGUUUCGAGUUGUUACGUUUACGGACGGUAUGAUGGAACUUUCGCCAAACUUCUGGCCAGGCGUAAGCGAGAUGCCGCAGGCGCUUUGGAAAUUCGCACAAACCACGCACAACCGAUACACGCGGAUGUUAGAAAUGAUCACACUGGUGUAGAUAAGCCAUGCCCGAAAACUUACUUAGGAAACUUUCCGUCCAAUAUUGAACCGGGAACCGUUUUCCAGGUAACACCGCCAAGAGACACCAUCUAUCAAGACAAGUCCCUCCGAAAGUCCCUCCCUCGCACUACGGGCUUGGAUAUCGUGCGAGCUGUGAGCAGGCUAGUGACUCUAGUGGCUCUGGUUUUCACCGUAGUGGAGUUUUACCCUCUAGCUCAACAGCUGUAUUACACCGUAUACGACUUCAUGUACCCUAAAUAAAUAAUUUGUUUAUU